AUGAACAAACUUCAUGUUACUAAGAAGAAGAAAAUAGCUAGGGAUAUCAAUGAUUAUGCAAAUAAUCAAGCAUACCCUAAGCCUCCACCUAGUGUUCAAACAAGCAUUAAUGAUAAUUGCAAUAAUCAAGAGGGGAACAAUCUUGUUAAUAAUUCCAACUCUCUACAUAUCAAUGGUAACAUCUCAAAUGAGCAAGGUCAACCCCUAAGAAGAAGCCCAAGGUUCAUUAAUAAUAACAAUAACAGUAACAAUGGAGGUAACAACAACUUCAGUAAUGAUAGACAAAAUCAGUCUUUUGAUAACAAUGAAGGUGUAGAUGUUCAGAACCAACAGGAUUUUCGGCCAUUUAUCAAUGGCCGGUGGAACAAACGUCAGUCAACUUAUCAGCAGAAUUCAACAAGGAACUGGAGAAGAACACGCAGGAGAUAG